AUGAAUUUGAUAACCCGAAAGGGAAAGAUUAAAGGAAAGAAACUUGGGGAGAAGUUACACAGUAAAGAAAAGAAAAGGAGGAGAAGAAAAACAACACAGGUAGAGAAGUGGAUUGGAUUUGGAGCAGUGGAAGAAGCAAAAGCUGGGAAAAGAUCUCUUCUUUCCUCCUUUUCCUUGAGGUCUGAGCAACAGAGAAAAGAGAAGAAAGAAAGAAAAAGUGGGUAUAGUGACUCCAAUGAGUAG